UUUAGCAGAUCUGAGAUGGGGCCCAGGAAUUUUUAUGUCUAACAAACUCCCAGAUGAUGCUGAGGCUGUUGGCCUGGGACCAUACUUAGAGAACCACUGUCUUGGUCUUAUUGCCCAAAGUGGUUCAUGGACCAGCAUUGUGGGGUAUUGCCUGGGAGUUGUUAGCAGUACAGAAUCUUAGGUCCCACCCCAGACCCACCAAACUAGAAUCUGCUAUUUAAUAAGAUCCCCAAAGGAGAGCCUGGGUGGCUCAGUCGGUUAAACUUCUGAGUUCAGCUCAAGUCAUGAUCUUCCUCUCUCUCUGCCCCUCCCCCAGUAGUGUAUCUGCUCCCUCUCUCUCCUUCUCUCCCUCCCUCUCUGUCCCUCUCCCUCCCUCCCUCUCAAAAAUAAAUAUUUAACAAGAUCCCCGAGGAAUACCUAUACACAUUAAAGAUUAGGACACAUCACUCCAAGGCAGUGUUUCCCCCAAAGCCAGUCAAGGGAAUCUCUUGGGAGUGUAUAAAAUUCAGAUUCCUUGGCUUUCCUCUGGUGACUUGGACACAGAAGAUGGGGGAUCCCAGGAAUCUGAUACCAGCGAGAGACUCAGGUGAUUAUAAUGGUCAGGUAAGCAUGGGAAACUCCUCACUUACCUCAUUCCAUGUUCCUCAGGCAAGACCAAGCCACAAAGCCAGAGAAAAACCUCUCCCUCUAGGAUGACAAGGCAGCUGCUUCUCCUUUAGAAACAGAAACUUGGGGAAGGUGGCUCCUUGAUGGUCUGUGAUGCCGUCAGAGGAAAUGGGUGGUUAUGAGAACCACAGAGCCUGCAGAUGUGAGCUGGGAGCCCCAAAGACCCUAUGAUAGAGCUCGAAGAGCCUUGAGCCUUCUUCCCUGGCCUAGCUGUGCUUGGGAGGGCUGCCCAGUUGGGGGUCUCUAAGGAGCAUGAGUCUCCUUUCUCAUCCCAGGUGUACAAAUUGCUGAGCACUGCAGAUGCAGAGCUACCCACAACGAUACCAAGAGCAUCUCUCUGAAGACACUCCCAAGCUGAGAGGAUUCUGGGUGCCCUAGGACUAAGGACUUUGGAAGAUGUCCAGAAGGACCCUCCAAAGCCCUAUCCUCUCCAGCCAAAGCAUGCAUCUAAGCUGAGCCCUGGCCCCAAGCUUUGAUGACUGGAAACCAAUUUCCCUUGACCCUGUGCUUCUGAGUGGUCUGGUGAGGAACGAUGGGAGGACAGCCCAGCAGAGGGAAAACCCAGCCAAGCCCAAGCUCAAGCCCCUCUGUCCAAGGCCCAGGCCCUGUGCCCACACAAGCAGAGAGAAACAGGGCCACAGCUGUGGCCCUGAGCAGUUUCCCGGUAGGCGAGCACACAGAGCUGUCGCUGAGACUGGGGGAGCCGUUGACCAUCAUCUCUGAAGAUGGAGACUGGUCGACGGUGGUGUCAGAAGUUUCAGGCACAGAAUAUAACAUCCCCAGCAUCCACGUGGCCAAAAUCUCCCAUGGGUGGCUGUAUGAGGGCCUGAGCCGGGAGAAAGCUGAGGAACUGCUGUUGCUGCCUGGAAACCCCGGAGGGGCCUUCCUCAUCCGGGAGAGCCAAACCAGGAGAGGCUUUUAUUCCCUGUCAGUCCGCCUCAGCCGCCCUGCAUCCUGGGACCGGAUCAGACACUACAGGAUUCAGCGCCUUGAUAAUGGCUGGCUGUACAUCUCACCACGCCUCACCUUCCCCUCACUCCAGGCCUUGGUGGACCAUUACUCUGAGUUGGCGGAUGACAUCUGCUGCCUACUCAAGGAGCCCUGUGCCCUGCGGAGGGCUGGCUCACUCCCUGGCAAGCCUAUACCCCCACCUGUGAUUGUGCAGAGGACACCACUCAAUUGGAAAGAGCUGGACAGUUCCCUCCUGUUCUCUGAAGCACCUGGCACAGGGGAGGCCUCCCUCCUCAGUGAGGGACUCCGGGACGCCCUCAGCUCCUACAUCAGCCUGACUGAUGACAGCUCCUUGGAUGAUGCCAGGGACCAAAGCAGAGACCAAAAGGGAAUCCAAGGCUGCGACACCUAGACUCCCAGCUCAGCUCAGCUCAGCCGGAGCAUUCAAGGCAAUCCAGGGUCCCACCUAUAUCCUCUUUCAGCCCUAAGAAGUCACUUAACCUUCUCCCAGUGCCAUGAACCCACCUGUAACCUCUAGUUCAAAUAUAGACCAGCUGAGAAUAGGGACAGGGCUCCGAAGAGACUAAACCUCUGGGGUUUGACCCAGUCAGUACCUGAGUUUGGGAUUUCCAGUACCAUCUUCCACCCCUGCCUGUUGAGUCCCCUUCUAUACCUCCAUAGCCCCACCCACGAGGUAGAAACCACCACUAGCAUCAAGAAAAAAAAAAAUCAUUUAAAGAGAAUUUACAUGUGUCAGAAUACCAUACCUCAGAAGGUAGGAUUAUAGCCUAGAAGGGACAGGAAAGCAGAAGGGAUGGAUAUCUUACCCAGCAACAGAAUCCAGGAUGUCCAGCCCUUAUCUGGCCCCCAGAACAAAGAGGACCUCUGACAGUCCAAGUUGUCAAACAGCCCCAUCAAGCCUCUUCUCCAGAUAGUCCUAGCUCUGAGUUCUUUCGUUUUGUGGCUUAUCAUUUGAACCUGCCUAAGCUUUCCUGGCUACAAUGGCCUUGCCAUCUUGUGGCCAAAUGCAAAAUGGCACCUUCUGGGCCUAGCACACUGUAGUGAGGUCAGUCAUGUCUCUCAGUGCAGGACCCCAGGGGUAUCAGAAGUCGGUAAGCCUCUCUCCACAAAGCUAAGGCCACAGCCUACACCAACUCUAGCCCCUCACUUCCCUGCUGCCCAUUAAGGAAAAGAGGCCUGGCUGGAGCUGCUAUAGGAGCAGGGAGAAGAGGAAGGGGAAUGGGAAUGGAGGGCAGGGUUUGGAGGCAAGAGAUUAGGUGGGAAAGGCUUUAACAGGUAUCACCAACAGAUUCUCAAUUAAAGAUUUGAUUUAUUCAAGUAUCUGAAAACAUUCUACAAUGGAAAUUGUUAUUAGAUGGUGCCUGUACUGUGCUAUGGACCACGCACAUACUGCCAUACUGUUUUCAGAAGACUUGAAAUGCCACUGAUAGUUUAAAAACUGUACACGCGAUGGAGAAGUGAGGAAGACAAUGUUUCAUCCGGAUCCAGAGGUGUAUCAAAUUGAACGACAGCUCCAGUCAGCAAACAGGUGUUUCAUGAUGAUAUCCAAGAAGAAAUGGUUGGUGAUGGACAAUUCAGAAAUGCUUCCCCAAAAGGUGGAUGGUUCUUUAAAAAGUUUCAGAUCACAACCCUUGCAGAGAACACUGACGCCCGACGCGCUGAUUCUUGGUCCAAGAAACAUGGGUCUUUCAGGUUCCACAUGGCUGGGGCGCCCCUACAAUCAUGUUUCUGUGCUGUAACUAGGAGGGUCCUUUGGACCAGACAGAGAGCGGGUGGGAUCUGUAUACCAUCAGUCAUAGUGGAUGGCAGUGUAAAAAAUGAUCCAAAUGACCUAGAGAGGAGACAAGCAAUGUUUAUAAGUCAUCUGGCUCCACAUGGGCCCCUAUUCCACAAAACCAAAAUGGCAAAGAAUGUGUUGUGCAUGGUGGGCUUCCCAGGGGCUAUCCAAUGCAAUCUGCCUGAAAGCCCAAAUAAUCUCACUGAAAUCAAGCUGUUUCUAACAGAGCCCAGGACAACCCACCAGUGCUCCAAAAGGGACCGUGGACAAGCUUCUCUUUCAACUGAAGAGCAACUGGAGCACCAGAAGUGGAGUUACAGAUGUGGAAAUGAUACAGGUAAAGCAGACUAUACUGCCAGUGUUAGGAUCAGCAACAAAUGUGAAAAACAAACCACCAUCAUACCCUGUCAGCUUCCUAUCAAAUAAACAGAUUCUCAAAACUA